UGGUAACGGAAUCAGCUAACAUUAAGUUAAGCUAGCGGCGCCUCGGUGUGGGCGCAGAGUAACUAGUAAUAUUACAACCACCCUAACUCUUAACUUAUGAUGACCUAACGUUAUCUGUAGGUAGACCGUAACAGUUGGUGGCCCGUUCCCCCUCACAGCAGCUACUGUGCAUGCUAACGCUAGCUGUGAGGCUAACAAGAGCCAUGUUUGGUAGCUGUCAUUGAGUAGAAGUUACAGAACGUAAUCAAAAAUGGAGAUUCAACCUUAACUUAAAUGUUAACGCUAAAUGUCACCAGCGUUUGCAGGGAGGUUGCUUUCUAUUUCAGUCCGAUAGUUUUCCUCAGUCUGAAUGAACGGGUAGUGCUGAAAGCUGUACUCUGAUAACAGGACCUCUGAUGGACUGGCUGCAGCAGCCUUGAUCUGAUGCUCCUCUGUUUACUGCUGAGAGCAUCAACAAUGUCUGUCACCUCCCUGCUGAGAUGCACCAUCAGGCUGGAGAGGAAACAUGUGGUCGGACAUUUGGUCCAUCACAGAGCUCUAUCGGGGGCGGAUGCCGUCAACGCACUCAGACCGUUUUAUUUUGCAGUGCAUCCUGACUUCUUCGGCCAAUAUCCCAGAGAACGGGAAGUGAAUGAGAAUUCAUUGAAGAGGCUGAAUGGCUAUUUGGACAACCUGCAGAAGCCCGGCUCACGCUCCGUUCAGCCAAUGAGGCUAACGUUUUAUGUUCGGGACACAAAGGAGAGCAGCGAUGUGCCGCCGGACCUCCUCGCCUCGGGGUUCAGGCCAGUGAGUUUCACCCUGCACACAAGCGACGUGUUGAGCACAGUGACGAACGUGUUGAAGUCCUGCAGCCUCCCCGUGGAGCACAUGAAGGGGCUGAAAGGGAGCGCAGAGACGUCUAAAAGUGCACCGGGGGCCGGGCGGCCUUUCUACCGGCCCAUCAAGUGGAACAAGAGCUACUACACCUUCACUGGGUUCAGAGACCCCGAGGAGGAGUUGCAGCAGGCCAGGAGGGUGGAGCCUGCACUCAUCUCGUGGCUGAGAAACAACGAGCGCGAGGCGGCGAAGAAGCACAGGGCCAGUCGACCUCGGAGGGAGGAGCUCAACAGACUGAAGGAGGAGCUGUGCCACAAAUUUGAUCUUUCUGACAUCAGGUGGCAGCGGAGCUGGGGAGUGGCCCACCGAUGCUGUCAGCUCCAGAGCCUGAGCCGGCUGUCCCAGCAGAGCCCCGAGGCCAUGGUCAACCUGCAAGGACAUACUGUUGUGUUUGCUGACCUGUCUGGGAUGAACGCCUCUGGACACAUCAUGCUGGGGACCAUGGACGUCCAUUACCAGUGGACCAAACUGUUUGAGCAGCUGCCCGGCUAUCGCAGCCUGCAGCAGCAGACAGACUGGCUUAAGGAGAGGAUCAGCCUUCUCCUGGGGGGCACUCAGGUGGUCCACGUGGAGAGGCUGAGACCGGUCCAGUCCAUUGGCGAGCACUACGGCAGCCUCAGCACCUUCCACAAGAGCCUGGUGUCCCGACGCCUUCGCCUGCACCCCAGAAGCCUGCAGGGGCUCACCAUGUUGUUGGAGAAUGACCGCUCUAAGCCCAGCCUUCACGAGAUGGGGCACUUCAUUAUCCCCACCAGCUCUGACCCUCCCAAGCUGCAGGUCUUCCUCCAGAGCCACGCCCCAGAGGCCAGACAGCGCACCCUGCGCAAAAAACAGCUGCAGGCAGAGGAGGAGGCUGUGGUGAAGCUGUGUCUCCAGAAUCUGUGUCUGAGGGGUCUGUCCAAGGAGCCCAGCGUCAGCCCCAGCCAGAUGAUCCUGUGCUGCAGAAGGCUGGUGGAGCAGCGCUCCCCCCUCAUGCAGGGCCUCCACGUCUGUGUUUCUCACUUCUACUCAGUCAUGCAGGACGGGGACCUGUGUGUCCCCUGGGACUGGAAGAGCUGAACCAGGAGGGGAGAGGGAUGGGGGGCGCCAAUCAGUGUUAGAAAGAUGUCAUAGUAGCAGUAAGAUGUUGUUCAUCCAGGUGAUGUGUCAGGUGAUUUCACACCCGUUUGUUCCCAAGGGAUCCGAAGCACUUUAUCCUUUUACCGGAGAAGCCAAAUAGGAGAGUUGGAUUGACAGGUCAGUGGUUAGAUGCACAGUUUGACAAAGGAAGUCAUUUUCUGCAAUUAGAAGGGAAAAAAAGGUUUUAUUAAAAAAACGUCAAUCUCAAACAUUGGGUCGGAACACUCGCGUGUUCUGCUUCAAUUUGCAUUUGGAACAAACAUUUAGACUCUUUUCUCCCUCGUUGCACAGAGGGGGCCACGCACAGACCACUCAUCAGAAGAGUGGAUUAAAAAGAAAUCUAAUGAAUCAUUUCAUUCAAGGCAAGGAUUAUGUCCUUCCGCUUUUUAGAUCUUUUGUAGGGUGCCGACACGUUUCAAUAGAAACAAGAGCCAACCCUGGUGCACGCUGUGAUGUGCAAUAUUCAACACAACUGAAUGUCAAUCAUACUGUAAACCAUUCAGAAAGAAGUUGGUGGUGACUCGUUUUGCUGUAGAUAUUUUAAUAAUCUGUUUGGACAAAAACUGACAUAACGUCCAAUCAAACAGCUCCGCUGUGCCUGGAGCGUUGUUUUGUAGACUUUGUACAACUAAUAUGUCCAACAAUGUGAUUCGUUGUGUUACUGGUGUUGACAGGCAUUGUAUCCCAUGAUGCAUUAGGUUGAAUCUGCUGACAAAGGUAUUUUCUCCCCUGAUAAGAGGCUUCAAAUCUUCACUAUUUUGUGGUGGGAUUUUAACAAAAAACUGUUUUUUGUAAAUAAAAUGUUUGAAUUGAUGAAAUAAUUUCCCC